AAUGAAUGAUCGUCUUCGUUUUUCUUGCCAAGUAAAAGUGUCGGUUCUCGAGAAUUGUGUCUAGAAAAAGUGUUUUAUUGCGAGUUUUUCGCCAGUUUCGUUUGCCUAUUCUUGUGCAGUGAGUGAUCAAAAUGAAGUUGAAAGAGCUUCAGAAAAUGGUAAACGUUGCAUGGUCUCCGAGUCAGCAAGACACAAUUAUGCUUGCGGCCGGGACAGCAGCUCAACAGUUGGAUGCGUCGUUCAGUACUUCUUCUUCGCUGGAAUUGUUUUCCAUCAAUUUAUCAGAUCCAAGCUACGACCUCCAGCUGGUUGGUAGUCAAACUACCUCUCAUCGAUUCCACAAGGUUCUGUGGAGCCCUUUUGAAUUUGGUGCUGCUCAUCCGAACGGUUUAAUAGUGGGUGGAUGUGAGGGCGGUGUUAUUCAGGUUUAUAGUGCUUCAAAAUUGCUGGCUGGAGAGAAUGCAUUGUUGGCUCAACAGGAUAAACACAGUGGAGCAGUUCGUAGCAUGGAUUACAACCCGUUUCAGAAUAACCUGCUGGCUUCGGGUGCUUCGGAUUCGGAUAUUAUCAUUUGGGACAUCAACAACACUACUGUUCCCAUGAGCCCAGGUGCGAAGGUACAGCCGCUUGAAGAUGUGCAGGGAUUGGCAUGGAACAGACAAGUUAAACACAUCCUAGCGUCGGUGUUCUCGACCCGAUGUGUCAUUUGGGAUUUGCGGAAGAGUGAACCGAUCAUCAAACUUAGUGACAGCCAAUCGCGAAUUCGUUGGCGAGUGGUCCAAUGGCAUCCGGAAGUUGCCACUCAGCUGUGGCUGGCUAGUGAGGAAGAUCAAGCACCGUCCGUGCAGUUGUGGGAUCUGCGAUAUGCUACGGCGCCGGCUAAGACGUUCCACAUUCAUCAGCGAGGCAUGUUGGGCCUCACCUGGUGUCCGCAAGAUUUCGAUCUCGUAGCUUCCUGUGGUAAAGAUAACAAAAUCUACUGCUGGAAUCAAAAUUCAGAAGAACCGAAUGGAGAAAUAUUAUCUGAACUGGCGUCCACUAAUCAGUGGACUUUCGACGUAUCUUGGUGCCCAAGAAAUCCUGCACUAAUUGCCGGAUCAAGCUUUGACGGUAACGUUACUGUGUACUCGAUUUUUGGAGGUGUUCAUCAGCAGGUUCAAACCACAAAUAAAAUUGCGGAUUCGUUUCCCGGCAUGGAAAGCAUCGGUCAUGAGCCUGUCUCUCAAGCUAACGUACAACCUCAGUCGGUUUGUAGUGACUUAAAACGCGCUCCGAAGUGGUUGAGGCGUUCGGCUGGUGCUAGCUUUGGCUUUGGAGGAAAACUUAUCACCUACAAUGGAAAUAGUCGAUCGGUAACGGUAAACCAGGUGAUAACCGAUCCGGAAUUAGUUGACCGUGCUACGCGGUUGGAGCAAAUUCUUGAAAAGGGAAAUUUCGCUGAAUACUGCCGGGCGAAAGCUGACCAAGCGACUGACCAACAUUCACGGUUGCUGUGGUAUUUUUUGAAGGCCAAUUUCGAAGAAAAUCCGCAUGCUGAAAUGCUUAAUCUGCUCGGAUAUCAUACUGAAGAUAUUUCAAGUAAAUUUAAAAAGUAUACAGAAAAUAACGAUAAAACUGUGGAUGAUCAUCGAGCCAAAGCCAAUCCAGUGGAUGGAUUGACCGAUCAAAUGGCAGGUCUUAGUCGGAAUCUGGAUAACAAUGCAGUCUUUGAUGCCAUCGCUGCUGGAAAUAAAAUUCUUGCCGAACAAUCGCCAGAUCAAAAAACCGACAAUGAAAACGAGAAGAAAUUUGAAGUCCCGUUCAAAAUUCGUACCGGUCAUGAUAAUGAAGGCUUAAUAUGUGAGGCUCUGUUGACUGGAAAUUUGGAAGCGGCUGUAGAACUUUGUAUGGAGGCUGGAAAGACUUCCGAAGCGCUAAUUUUAGCUAUGAAUGGUGGUUCGGAGUUGUUGGCCCGCGUCCAGUAUCGGUACUUGAAGAACAGCGAAAGUUAUCUGUCCAACAUUAUUUCGGCUUUGGUGACAGAAGACUGGAGUGGUGUUGUUACACAAUGUACCAUUGACUCUUGGAAGGAAGCACUGGUGGCUGCGUUGACUCAUUGCAAGAACCAACUGCCUUUGCUAUGUGAGAGGCUCGGUGAGCGGUUGCAAAUGGAAGCAGCCGGCGACAUGGAAUUGGCCAAAAAUGCUAUUUUGUGUUAUAUUUGUGCUGGAAGCACUGAAAGACUGGUUGAAGCAUGGAAUUUGCAGAAACCGAACAAUUCAAUGAACGAUUUUGUGAAUGGCGAACCAGACAAAAAUAAUAAUAGUAACCGUGACUUGCAAGAACUGGUUGAGGUUGCAAUGUUGCUGCAAAAAGCUUUAGAAAAGCAAGGUCGAGCAUCUAACGUAUCAGGAAAGCUGGCCGAUUUGCUAGCGCAGUAUGCGCAUCUACUUGCAACUCAAGGUGCUUUGGGUUCGGCAUUAGUUUAUCUCGUAAACAGUACAGAUCCUAAGAUGGAGCAAUUGAAAGAUCGUUUGUGUCAUGCUUUGGGCCAUAUCAAUGCCGUGCCAGUAGCACAACAAAAUUCAUAUUAUCACAGUGGUCCGCGAGGUUCAAUAAGUAAUCAGCAGCAACCUCCGCCAUUCAAUCCAAUGUUUCCGACUAUCGGACAAGCCAGCAAGAUGAAGAAUUGGCAGGCGGCGAACGCUCCCUCUGCACUACCCCAACCGGCUGUUCCUGCCGCUGUACCAACAAUUCCGGCUUCAAUAAACCAACCUUCUUGGAAUACUUCUCCGUUCCAGCAACCUCCAGCGGUGACACCGUUUAAUCCAACUCCAUCAUUACCGCCGGUGGCUCCCAUUGCAUCGAAACCCCCAAUGGGUCCUCCAGUAUUAGACAACAGCCAACCCCCACGACCUGCAUCGGUUAGUUCUCAAACCGGUGGAACAACUUUGGGUCGUGCCAAGUAUGUUCUAGAUCCAUCGGUCACUACGGGACCGAAUUACGGCCAAACCGCACCCAACCCUUACCAACCCAAUCCAUUUCAAUCACCACCAACACCACAGUUUAAUCAAUUCAACAAUCAACCGAUCAACCAGCAACCCCAGCCAGCACUUUAUAAUCCAGUUCAAGUUGCUGCACAACCAACAAAUAAUUUCAAACCGUUUACUCCGGCUCCACUGGUGCAGCCAUCUUCGUAUCUUCCCGGGGUACCUCCACUAGACGUAUCACAGCAAAACUAUCCGAGUCAACCGACAGCAACAGUACCACCACCGCCAUUUGGUAACAUGCAAAAGAAUCCCACUCCACCACCAGGAUGGAACGAUCCUCCAGCACUGAAAAGUGCUCCUCGAGCCCAGCCAAAGGUUGAUAACACCCCCGUUGCGCCAAUCACUGCUCCUCUUCCGGGUGGAUUUCCGGUUGGAACUCAACCGCAGAAUGGAUAUCCUGAUCCGAACAGCAACUAUAUGACCGGUCAGUACUUACCGACGGGUACUGGCCCCGGGUUACCUGCUCAGCAACCGACUAUUUUCAAUCCCGCUGCAGCUGGAAUGCAGCAGCAGCAAACACCGGGAGGUAUAAACUAUCAGAACUUCCAGUCGAAUCUACCGUUUCAGCAGCAGCAGCAGCAGCAGCAACAACAACAACAGCAACAACCGCCUGUGGGUAAUAAUUUCAAUGCAAACCUCAGGCAUCAGCCUGUGCCAGUGGCCCCAACUGGACCGGAACCUCCCAAACUCAAACCGCCACUACCGGAGGAAUUUGCGUAUUUGCAAACAGUAUUUGAAGACCUGAAGAAGAAUUGCAUAGCGGCUGCAGGAAAUCCGCAAACGAAACGAAAAUUAGAAGAUGUCUCGAAAAGAUUAGAAACACUAUAUGAUCUGCUACGUGAGCAGAGACUAUCUCCAAACACGCUUGCUGCAUUGACGCAGCUGGUGCAACUAAUCCAGGCUGGCGACUAUGCCAACGGAAUCGGUUUACAUACGCAGAUGGUGUCUGGUCCAGAUUUUUCCCAGAUUGCGAGCUUUAUGCCGGGCAUCAAAGUUCUGCUGCAGUCCGCGAUGCAACUGCAAGUUUACUUACGAUAAAUUUUUGUUGUUGCGGUGUCGAAAGUUGUUCAGUAAGGAUAUGCUAUAGGUAUGCGAAUUAUAUAGAGUAUAUCAAUAGGUAAUUUGUAACACGAUAUUUACCUACUGUUAACACUAGGGAUGAAUCAGUGAAAAUUGGAACUGAGUAACGCAGCUUGCAUUUAUUCUUUCAUUUUUCUUAUGGUCCCUUUAUACGUUGUGCUUGGAUCAAAUACGUUCAAUGUCUGAUUAUUUUUCCUUAAUCCUCCUUUUCGUACUGUGUAUGAUCGUACUUGUAUGCAAGCCAGUGCUAUAAACUCUGAGAUUGUGUUUCAGAAUUUGAAUUUUUUCAUCGAUUCGAUAAGUUUAUUUACAUGUAUUCUCUUUAUUACUGUUUUAUGUAUCGAAAAUAUUGUAUCGAGAAAUAAAUUCAAUUUAUUAACCAAUUUG